AUACUCAUUUGUGGUAUAAUAUACUUGCAUCUGAUAGUAAUACAAUGUGUGAACUUUAAGUUAAAUCGCUUAAAAAUAUAUUUAGUCAUGACCACACCUCUUUUUCCCCAUAGAGACAGAAGGUGAUGCUCGGUGUUUGGCUGUUUUUGAGGCAAUGCAUAAUGGGAACUUGAACGUGGGAUAAUUGUUAUUUCACUGGUUGGGUGCUGCGGAGUCCGACCAAACAUACAUUUUUCAACUGUUCAUCAUUUUGUUGUCUUCUCUCAUUCGAGAGGCUGUUUGUGAGAUGUGGAAACAUCAGUUCGACGGGACGUUUUUCGCCUGAUAGGUACCUUUAACUACUUUCUCACUCACGUGAACCAGGCCUGCUCAACGGGCGCUGUCUGCAGACACGAUCCCGCAUUGAGCCGCUUGCCAAGAAAUGGACGAGGAGGAAAUCUGCCUGAUGUCUGUUUGGCAAAAAGAGAGUUCUCACCAGCCAGCUUUUGGCAGGGCCUCUGGGUCAGACAAAGGAUGUAAGUGAAAGUCCAGUGGGAAUUCUCUGUGUUGAUCAAGAAAAUCCUCAGCUCAACCCAUCCAGAGUGGGCGUCAUCUUGGAAGAGAAUGUGGUGAUGGAUGAACUGGCCAAUCUGCCUCAGGCCUUCUGUGUCCUUUUUGGGCUGUUGUAUGCUCUGCACCUGGAGUACCCCAAGUGCAUGAAAAACACUUUCAGCUUUAUUCAGCAGGAGGAUGGAGAACUAAUCCUUGAGGGGUUGUUGAACAUAUACUGGGGCCUACGGCGACCAAUCAGACUUCAGAUGCAUGAUGACAAUGAAAGAUUCCGUCUCAAUCGAAAUGAUAGACCUGUGUUGACAAAGCAACUACCUGCAGAAUCUAACAAUAAUACAGUAGGCAGAGAAACGGGACCAGCUAGUGGUGACAGGUGUGGUCAGGAGGAAGAGGAUUCUCCUCAGCUGCUGAGGACCAGGAGUGAUGCUUCCUUUAUGCGGGUUAAGAGGAGAUCAAACACACACACCAACAGAGACUUGCAGCGCUUGCGCACACACAGGUUCUCCAUCAAUGGACACUUCUAUAACCACAAGACAUCUGUUUUUACUCCAGCCUAUGGGUCGGUCACUAACGUACGAGUAAAUAGCUCUAUGACGACUGGGCAAGUCCUCAACCUGCUGCUACACAAGUUCAGGGUGGAGACUAAAUCAGAAGAGUUUGUCCUUUAUAUGGUUCAUGAAUCAGGUGAGAGGACCCGCCUGAGGGACAGUGAAUACCCACUGGUCGCCCGUGUGCUUUAUGGACCCUGUGAGAAAAUCUCCAAGAUCUUCAUCAUGGAGGCCGACCUGGGAGAGGAGGUCACGUAUCAUGUUGCCCAAUACAUAAAGUUUGAGAUCCCUGUUUUAGACAGCUUUGUAGAAAAACUUAAAGAGGAAGAGGAACGGGAGAUAAACAAAUUGACCAAAAAAUACAGCGCUCUGAGGUCAAUGAUUCUGCACCAGCUCAAAGGCAGAGCUCACACCAGUGACAGAGUGUAGAGUAAAUACUGAUAUAACCUGUGUGUGUGAGAGAGAGAGAGAUGGGUGCAACACUAAUGAUUAUUGAUUUACUAUAGAAAUGUUUUCAGAUACAAUAGGGAAUGUAGAGGUAAACAUGUCAAAGUAAAGGCUGCAAUAGAACCAUAUCAUACACCAAUGUGCUUCUCCUUUUAGAGUUGAAUAUCUCAGCAGCUUUGUAGGAUCUGCUGUUUCUACCACGUGUCACUGUUUUGGUAACUCUGCUAUUAAUACAUUUGCAUUUUGUACCAAACUUCUUACUGCAGGUAUAGAUAUUUAUACAAACUGUUUUUGGUGAUGUUUUCUCUGACUUGGACCUUUUUAUGUACACUAAUAAAUCAGUUUUAGUGUGGCCUUUAUAAAUGCUGCUGGAUAUCUGCUGACUCCCAGCUCAGGCUUCCCACAAAGAAAACAGCCUCUUUUUAUUAUUUCCUGAACUUCCACUGUAACUGGAGCACAGAUUAGCAUUGUUCUUCAGAGUGACCAUCUUUGCCAGCUAGUUCCCAUGAGUUGUGUGUGUGUGUAUGUGUGCAACCCUAUCAGCAUUACACAAUAAGGGUAUCCUGAGAGAGGGGGCUGUUCCUUUUUCCCACCAUUUCAUAAACAGCAACACUGUUGUGGUAGUUUGUCAAUCAACCCUGACCUUCAACAUUUACCUACAGUCAGUUCACAAUU